AUGGAUUCCUUGGGCAAUAAUCGCUAUCAGUUGCUGUUCAUCGAUGACGAGGCCAGCGAUGUGUGCGUUGGCCAAAAGAAGCUCCAGGAGUUCGACGACAACCCGAAGCUCAAGUGCAACAAGCUGCCAGGCAGCGAGAAGCUAAAGUCGCUUGUGCUGGGCAAGAAGACAGCGAACCAGACCAAAAGCAGCGGCAAGGGCGAGCAGGGGCCCAAGUCUGAUCGCUCCAAGGCAACCAACGGCACAUUUAUGAUUAACGGCGGGCAGAAAAGCAAAUUCGAUCGUCAUUCGGGCUCCGAUAAGACGGGCAUCAAGGCCGUGGUCAAACGCAAUGGAGGCGGCGCCCACAACUGGGGCUCGCUCCAGCAGCAAGGCGAUAAUUGCAUGGAGGAGGAUGACACCAAGUAUAUAACUGUCGAGGAGUGGCGUGCCAUGCGCGUUGAGCGUGCCAAGCCCAUCUACAAUAUACGCAAGGCCGGCGAGGGGGAGGCCAACAAGCCGGACUGGAAGAAAAUGAUUGUCUUGCCAAAGAAGAAGCCAUUGAAAUCGGACUCCGAUUCGGGUCUGGAGUAUGAUGCCUCUAUGUAUCCGCAGCGCGUCGGGCGGCAGCAGCGCGUCAUGAAUAUCGAGUUCAAAUUUAAGGACGAUCGCCGUCGCAGCGGCUAUCUCAGCGGCUGGGUUGCCGGUCGUUCGAUGGCCAAAUGCGAGGUGGAGAGUGUUUCCGAUCCGAUCAAUAUGAACGAUGAAGCUGAGUUCCCGACUCUCGGCUAA